GCUUCUUCUUUCUUUCUUCCUUUCUCUAUAUCUUCAUACUUUACAUCUCUACCACUGUUGAAGAUCGUUCUAUCCUCUCUCAUCACGUUGGUUGAAAAUCGUCCACAUUUACAUUCAUCACGCUCAUCACAUCGUCAUUCCUCAUAUCGCCAUUCGAAAUUUCGACACUCAACACAUUGCCAUCUCGCCACUCAUCAUAUCUCUUUCUUCUUUCUCUUUCGACUCCUCAACUCAUCAUCACAUAUUUCCUCAUCAUCUGCCAACAAUGCCUCUCAAUUUGGCCCCUCUCUGGUCUUUGAUCGGUGUUCUCACCGCCAUCGACCUUUUCACCAAGAUCAUCUACCCGGAGGCUCGGGCCGCAAUCUACGAAGUCUGGACGGCCAUCAGCGGUCGAAGUUCCACGUGGGCGCCUGAGGGCGCAUUCGUGUGGAGCAUGGUCGGCCACAUCCACAGGCCUCUUCCGUUGGUGGCGGCGCCGCCAAAACUGGAAAACUCACUUCCCCUGGGAGAUGCCCAGGAAAACGCAACGAACCACUACAACAUCUACAGUGGUUUCAGUCCAAGGACAGAAGCUCACCUCUUCCAGCUUCUUCUGACAAUCGCCGUUUUCCUGGGCAUGCUCGUGUGGCUCGCGUUACGGAAUUCGAAGUCUUCCGCUGUGCUGGAGCAGCGAGAUCCUUUCGCGGUCUCGGUGCAACACAUACUUGAACAGCACAACGUGGACUUCGGUACGUUCGUGGAGCGCACCCUCCGCAUGCCAAUAACCACGGAUGAGAUCGCCGCUGCCACCAUCGAGCGGCGAUUCAACGAGGUCGGAGGCCUGGGUGAGUUCAUGCAGAAGAGCACGGCGGCAACGGCAACCCAGGGCGCGACAAUCAGCGGUCUCGCCCAGCGUCUUGGGGCCGUCGAGGCCGCCGUCGGCAAGGCUGUGGCGGCACACAGCACCCUGGAAAGGGAUUUCCAGGUACACGUCACCGACUUCAACGCCCUGGCUGGCCAGGUCGCAGCAAACUCUUCUUCCGGAAAGUCCACCGCGGAGAAGGCGUCCGAUCAAGAGAAGCGGCUCUUCUCGCAGAUCACGAAGCUCAAGGUGCUGACCGAGAGGUUCAACACAGUGCAGUCCGACGUCAGCAAGCUCGACGUCUCCCUGUCUCAACAGGGAUCUCAAUCGUUGCCCACCCAGGGGCAACUCACUGCACUGGCCCAUCUGCCCCAGCAGAUGGAAGACCUCGAGGCUCGCCUUCGCGAGCAGAUCGCCGGGAGUGUGCUCGACCGGGUCGCGGCUGUAGAAGCCAAGGUGGAGCAGGGAGAAGCUCAUUGGCAAGACCAAGCCGCUGGUCUUGCCGAAUUCACAGGGAAGGCGGAGGAGUGGUUCCGUGGGGUGGAGGACAAGAUCAAGGAGGCGGCUGAGGACGCCUCCGAGGUCAAGAGGGGCAUGGAGGCCUUCGCGCGCCUCGACGAAGAAGUCAAUUCUUCGGCAAAGGCCUUUGUGGAGCUUACCACAGAGGUCGGCAAGAUGGGUGCGCGUCUGGACGAGGACUUCAAGUCUUCAUCGGCCGCCAUCACGAAGCUCGGCAACAACGUCGGGAACAUGGGGAACACACUCCGAAAGGAGUGUGUCAAGCGACAUGAGAAGGACUAUGCCGCCAUUAGCUCCUUGGGUAAGGAUCUUGACAAAGAGGCUCUCCGCACAAGGGCCUCCUUCACCGAGUUCGAGGCUCGCGUGGGCCGAUUUGAGGAAGCUCAGAAGAGCAAAGGCUCUUCUUCUUCCUUGUCGGUGGCCACCACUCGUCCUUCGGAGGCCAUCUCGUCGGAGCCUCGUGCUCCAAAACCUUCCUCCGCCCAUCCCAUCCCCUCGCCCCCAGUCGUCUCCUCCGCUGGACCCUCGCGCCCAUCCGCGCCGACAGGGGUUUCAGAGGUGCCAUCGAGGCCCUCUGUCGCCCCUCGCCCAUCCACCGAGACGUCCGAACCCAAGACGUCGCGCAAGGAGGGCGCGAGGUUCCAAACCGUAGCUGGCAUAGAGGCGCCAGUUCCCACGAAGCCCAAGGGCCACGGCAACCGUGGGAUGAGAAAGGUGUCAGAGGCAUCAUCAUCAACUGCACCUCCGGCCAAGCAAGAGCCGAAGACCACCACCACCACCACCACCGCCUCUACCACCACUCCUCCCACUGUCGCCGCACCUGUCGCCGCCCCUGUCGCCGCCCCUGUCGCCGCCGUCGCCGCCCCUGUCGCCCCUGUCGCCCCUGUCGCCGUUGCCGCCACCGCCGCCACCGCCGUCCGAAAGCCAUCUCAGGCUGAGAAACCGGCCUCUGCUCCCGUCGCAUCGUCAUCGACGGGCACCGCAGGCAAGGCCUCAAAGGCAAUCAGAGGCGGGAUGACCCAGAGCAAGUACGCUGCCCCCGAACAGGGCAGCGCGGUCGUCCCCAAGAAGACGCCUGCGCCCACUCAAAGCCGGGCGUCUUCGAGCCUCCAGGCCAAGGCAGUGGCCUUCACUCCAGCAGCAGCACCAUCACAGGUCGAGAAGCCAGCUCCCGCCAGCUCCCAGGACGUCCGCAGCGCGCCAGUCGCCAAGCCGCAGCCCUCGUCCUCGUCGUCAAGCAGCAAGGCCGCACAAGCCCCCCAGGACAGCGGUGCAAGCAAGGAGAGUCCCGCGGGCGAGUCGUCUGAGAAGACACAAGCCCAGAAAGACGAAGAAGCGGGCCUCCUGCCGCUAUGGGAUGGACCCAAGACUGCGGCGCAAGAGUACGAGGAGAAGCUGCAAGCUGCUCUGAACAAACACGCGAAACUCUUCGACAACUUGCCCAAGGGCAUGCACCACAGCAAGUAUGCACGCUGA